AUGGACUUAAGGCACAUUCUCAAUCCUCUAACUCCCGGGAACGGCGCAGAUGAGGUCAUUGAGACUGAUCUGAAUCGUGAAGCCACUGCUUCGCAGACUGCCAUCUCUUCGGAUCAGAAAAUCGGGCCCAGCGAAGUAGGGAAGUCUGCCAUUGAGACAUUCUACCAUCAGAUACUGAACCUGUCGAAAGAUGCGCUCCGUAAGGGUGGGUGUUCUCACUGUCUUACCAGCUACGGACGAGAGAAGGCUGAGCGAAGUAUAUCCCUUCUGUAUAUGUGGGCGCAAGGCCUGGAUCUUCGGUACCUUGAGCGACAUGUUGUGAAAGAAUCCAAAUUGCAAUCAAUCGUGGCCGGUGAACUUGCUGGUAUUGCCGAUGUCGUUACCUCUGAUUUGUUUCCCUACGGUUUUCUGCACAGAGAACAGAUCGACACGUCACUCGUUGUCUCCUAUCUCGAAGAUCAGACAAAUUCGGACAGUGAGAUCGAUUUUUCGGAUUCUGAUGAAGGUGAAGAAAGCGACGAUGUUCAGAACCUUGCCGAAAGCCAUCCGGAGUCUCUCCAACAAAACCAUAUGCGGUCCCUCAAACGACUUGAAAGCCAUGUAAACAAUCUUAUGCACUUGCUACCUACAUUGAUUUCCAGCUGCAGAGUUGACCUACUUCCCAUCUCGGAAGCUAGGCAUCCGAUGCUCAAAGUGGAGUCCGUUUCUGAUGCUGCGCGCCAGUAUGUUGUCCAAGUUUGGGACAAAUUCCCAAUGAUCAAAGAGGGCCUGGCGAACAGGCUCGGCGAAGCAAAUUGGGAAAGAUACCAGCGUUUCCAUGCAGACGUGGAACGUGAUCCGGCGGCCAAUAGCCCUCUUGAACAGCCAAGUUCGUCCGACGACGAAAAGGACUUAGUGCGACCUGCAAACCCAUCAUUGUUACCUGUCUCCGAGUUUCGAGACUCUGGCAUUGGGUCUUCGCUACCUACAAAGUCGAAGCACACUAACUCCGAGUCCGAGCAGCCGACUUUUAUACCUGAGACUCAAAUUCACGACUCCGGUCUAGGCGCCAUUCCACUAGCGAAAUCGAAAAAUCAGCGGCGGCCCGAGGCAUCUUUCGCGUCCCAGCCACUCCAAGCCGAGUUCAAGAAGGCAGGUCAUUCCGAUGCUCUUUAUGCGGACAGAGACAGUGGGCUAUUAGGAAUCGAGUGGAAUGGAAAAUGCACGUAUUCGCUGAUUUACGACCUUAUAUCUGUACGUUUCCAGGUUGCAAAUUUAGUCGGAUUCAAUUCACCUCUCGAAAAACCUGGGCAGAUCACGAAUUUCGAGAACAUCGAGGUUAACUACCUCGACCAUUUGCAUGAGAAGCACGAAUUUCCACGGACUCUGGAAGGAGCUAAGAGCCAAACGGUUCUCUCAACUGCAAGAGUUACUAUUGUUGAAAGAUGGAGUGAUCAGGUUUGCCAUCUGUGUAACGACAGCGGCUUUCAAACACAGCGAGAGUUCAUUAGUCACGUCAGCCGUCAUAUGGAGGAGAUCGCAUUGAUCACUCUGCCACGAGAAACGAAGCCAGAUGACGAGAACGACGAAGAAGACGACAUCUCCAUCAAAAGCCUAGAGGUGGAGCAAGAUCGUGACUUGGCUCAGAAAGCGACAGUCUUCGAUGAUGAAGAUGGUGUCAGCAGCGGUGAGGACAGCGGUGACGAGAGCGUCUCUACCGCAGUCCUUCCUAUUCGGCCACUCAGGUUCCCUCCGUCCCUCGGAGACUUCGUACUACAUGCACGUACGCUGAAUCCCAAGUGCAAAUCUAAUUUGAUGGAGCGACUUGCAACGGUGCAGCAUUUCAGGUACCAGGAAAUACGCCGCAUCCAUCUCCGUCUCCAAGGUCACCACAAAGUAGCUGGGUACUUCGAGUCCAUAGGACACCCCAUUCAGUCCGGCGGAGAAUCGAGGACUUGGUCCCAUUCAUUCCUCCCACAUAGCUCUAGUUCGACAAGCAAACCAUACAUCGAAGGCGCACCAAUCGAGUUCACGUCCAGCAAGCCAGUCAGGGCUUCCAUGUUCCCUGCAGGAGUCCCUCUUCCGCCUACCACUCUGCUUCCUGCACGAUUCGAAUGCGAGAUAUGUCUUAAAAUCGUUGAGAUCAAAGAGGCUUACCAAUGGACCGCGCACGUAUUCGAUCAUCUUCGCCCUUACCUAUGCACAUUCCCCGAUUGUAAUAAAGCCAAUCCCUUGUCAAGCUCCUUCAGUCGCAAAACUGACUGGCUACAUCAUGAGAAUGAACAUCACAGGCGCUUGAAAGGGUGGAGAUGCGUUCAGCCUACGUGCAAAUAUGUCUGCUACAGUGAGCAUAGCUUCAGUCAGCACCUAAUCGGUGAGCAUGCGGCUCUUGUGUUACCCAAGUCGAAGCCGCGGUUGUCCGCCACCAGAAGAGAUGAAAUGAAGGACAACUUGACCUCAAGUGAGCAAGACGCAUGGGUGCAGACAAGACUUAGGUCUCUAGCAGUAUCUUGUCAAUUUUGGGCUUCCAAACACUUUACUGAGGCUUGUCACUUCUGUGGCAUCAACUACUUCUCCGUUAAGAAGCUGUUCGAACAUAUGGCUCAUCACUUCGAAGCAGUUGCUUUACCAAUACUUGAGCUUGCGAAGAUCGACCGGCUUGAGGGGCUUGUAGGCGGAAAGCUGCAAUUGCAUCCUUCCCAGGUCGCACUAGAUUGA